AACAGACCAGCAAGCAGCCUCAUUUGAAAUGGAAAUGUCUCAAGCUGGUUUCAGUGCUCAUUAUUCUCAGGAUUGGAUCAUGCUUGGAGCAGUUGGAGCAUAUGACUGGAAUGGCACAGUGCUCAUGGUGAAGGACAGUGGUAUUUCAAUGCCAACUAAUGACACUUUUCGUGACAGACUUUCAGAAAAAAAUGAACCCCUUGCAGCCUAUCUAGGAUACACUGUGAAUUCAGCAUUGACACCUGGAGGUGUACUGUACAUAGCAGGACAGCCACGAUACAAUCACACUGGCCAAAUUAUCAUUUAUAAAAUGGAAGGAAGAGAGGUACAAGUACUUCAGAGGUUAAAUGGAGAACAAAUUGGGUCAUACUUUGGGGGUGUUAUCACCACAAUCGACAUCGAUAGGGACUCAUUUACAGACCUUCUUCUUGUGGGAGCUCCUAUGUAUAUGGGAACUGAGAAAGAGGAGCAAGGGAAAGUAUACGUUUAUAGUCUGAACAAGACAAAGUUUGAAUAUCAGAUGAGUCUCGAACCUAUAAGGCAAACAUGCUGUUCGCCGUUAAAACAGGACACCUGCAAAGUUCUUAAGAAUGAGCCUUGCGGUGCACGCUUCGGGACUGCGAUUGCGGCAGUGAAGGAUCUCAACCUUGAUGGAUAUAAUGACAUUGUAAUAGGUUCUCCCUUAGAGGAUGAUCAUCGGGGAGCUGUUUAUAUUUAUCAUGGCCAUGGCAACACAAUCAGUAAAAAAUAUUCGCAGCGUAUUGCAUCAGGUGGAGAUGGGGAAAAAGUGAAAUUUUUUGGCCAGUCUGUGCACGGAGAAAUGGAUUUAAAUGAUGACGGGCUGAUUGAUGUCACCAUUGGAGGCCUUGGUGGGGCUGCCCUCUUCUGGUCUCGUGAUGUGGCUGAAGUAAAUGUUUCCAUGCAAUUUACACCCAAAAGCAUCAAUAUCCAACAACAAAAUUGUCAGAUAAAUAAAAGAAAAACAAUAUGUAUAAAUGCCACAAUUUGUUUUAAGACCAGACUAAAGUCGAAGGAAGAUACAUUUGAAUCCAGUCUGCAGUAUUGGAUUACUCUCGACUCACAAAGACAAGUAUCUCGAAGCUUGUUCACAGAAAGCCAUGAGAGGAAAAUGCAAAAAAAUAUAACUAUCAAAGGGUCGGAAUGUAUUAAACAUAACUUCUACAUGUUGGAUAAGCCUGACUUCCAGGACUCCGUAAAGGUUUUGCUGGAGUUCAGUUUUUCUGAUCCAGAGAGUGGACCUGUUCUUGAUAGCAACCUGCCAAAUUCAAUAUCUGAAUAUAUUCCUUUCACAAAAGAUUGUGGAGCCAAAAAUAAAUGCAUUUCAGAUCUUGUUCUGAAUGUAAAAGCAAGCAUAGCUGGAGACAGCUCUUCUCCAUUCAUUGUAAAGUCACGCAAUGAUAAGUUCACCAUCCAGCUCUCUGUGAAGAACAAAAAAGACAGUGCCUAUAAUACCAGAGUUUUGGUUCAGUAUUCUCCAAAUAUUAUUUUUGCUGGCAUUGAGGAUAUACAGAAAGAUAGCUGUGAAUCUAAUCACAACAUCACCUGUAAAGUGGGAUAUCCAUUUCUAAAACCUGCAGAAGAGAUUUCCUUCAAAAUAUCAUUCCAAUUCAAUGCAUCGUGUCUCCUGGAAAAUGCUACUCUUCACGUAUAUGCAACAAGUGACAGUGAAGAACCACCUGAGACCUUAAGUGACAACAGAGGACACGUUACAAUUCCAGUAAAAUAUGAAGUAGGAUUGGUAUUCGUAAGUGUUUUCAAAGAGCACCAUGUUAUAAUUGCAGCAAAUGAUACUGUCCCUACUGCUAUUAACACAACAGAGCAGAUUGGGGAUGAAGUUACUCUUCAUUAUAGGAUUGAAAAAGGUGAACACUUUCCAAUGCCAAACCUCACACUGCAGAUCUUAUUUCCCAAUGUAACAGCAGCCAAGAACACUCUUCUCUACCUUACUGCAUUGUCACAUUCCCAAAAUGCCAUCUGCCAAACUAGUUACCCUGUAGAUCCCUUAAAGAUCAGCACUGGGAAACCAUUUGUGUUGCCAAAAAUAAAAGAACCUACAAAGGAUACAAUUAUGGACUGUGAUACAUACAGCUGUGCAUCUAUUAAUUGUGCCCUGGUCCCAUCUGACAUAUAUCAAGUGAAUGUUUCAUUAAGAGUAUGGAAACCUACCAUGAUAAAAGCAAGUAUUCACAGCUUAACCCUUGUUGUGAAAGCAUUACUUAGGAGUGAGAACUCAUCACUGAUUUUGAGAAAUGACCAUCAAAAACUGGAGACCAUGAUUAAGAUUUCCAAAGAACUCCCACCAGGUACAGUCCCCUUAUGGGUUAUCCUCCUGAGUAUCUUCGCUGGACUCUUGAUUCUUGCACUGCUGAUCUUUGCUUUGUGGAAGGCUGGAUUUUUCAAGAGACCACUAAAGAAGAAAAUGGAGAAAUGAAGAAAAAAAAAAAAUGCAGAAAUUUUUGCUCAGGUCUGCCUCAAAAAUAUUACUGUAAAAUUAUAAACUUAGAUGCAGUAGUCACAAUGUUUUCUAAACUCCGGUGUGUUA